AUGGCAUCGCUGCGAAUCCAGGGAGCCGGCAAGAUGCUUCGCAGUGCCACGACGGCGCGUGUGAGCCUGCCUCUGGCUGCUCGACGCUUCCAGAGCGCGGUCACGACCACGAACACGGUUCCCAGCGUCAACCAGCCCGACUACGACGCCCCGGCAGACAAGGCGACUUCUACUUUCUCUCCCGUGCCGAAGGCAGUUCAAGAUGGGAGCGAGGACAUCUUCCCCGCAGCCGUCAUUUCUGGCGCCCCAAUGGAGCUCCAGGCCCGGACUGUCCGAAUCUACAAAGAAGCGAAGCCUGCGACGCAAUCCGGCGACUUCAGGGGGGAGCGCUGGCGAAUGGACUGGGACAUUCUUCCGAAGGGUCACCGAUGGGAGAACCCGCUGAUGGGAUGGCAAUCGUCCGCCGACUUCAUGCAGGGGACUCACAUCAACUUCAAGUCCAAGGAGGACGCCAUCCACUUCGCCGAGAAGCAGGGCUACGAGUACUUCGUUCAAGAGCCCAACUCUCGCAAGUUCACGCCCAAAGCCUACGCGAACAACUUCCUUUACUCCCCCAAGAAGCUGAAGCAUAUCCGGACGAAAUAG